AUGACCCUGAACUAUGACCCUGAUAGCUCCCUUGUAAACGCUACAUGGGUGGCUACGUUGCUAAGCGAAAGAGAUGCCGCAGGCCAAAUUCCUAUCAACUUCGUGACGCACCCGGCCGUGUCGUUAAGGGCAGCAUGUUUCGCGGACAACGUAUUCGAUAAGAAUUCCACUGCGAAAUGCAUAUCCAAUCUCUUGGCAGUAGGGUACCGUCGGCUACUGGUCGAUCUGUAUUGGUCCGCAGAACGACGAUCAUGGUCGUUCUGCCCGGUGUCCGUCCCUGCAAACGUAGGGACAGAUAGCUCCAUAACCGCUGUGACUAGCUCAACCGGAUCGCAAUUAUACCAAUUGGGUUCAUAUCAGUGCUCUGAUAACCUUGAUGUUUCCGGCUUGAUUCAUAUACUGCGUGGCUAUUUCGAGAAUAACACCUCCCAGCUGAAUGUGUACCUUUCAUUUGUGAUAUUCAAUCUCCAUGCGGCUGCCAGUACAUCCGCGCCCGAUGACCCGGCUCCAGCGGUAUUUGGAGCGCAGUUGCCGAGUAACAAGGAACGCCUUGGCUAUCUACUUGAUGGCAGCUUAGGCGAAUAUAUCUAUAAUCCGUCGCAACUUGCAGAAGAGCGGAGCAAUUUGAAUAAUUCGUGGUAUCGGGUGACUAACGGUUAUGAGCCUAUCACGGAAUAUUUUACAAUCCAUGAGGAUUCAAAGGGUAGGCAGAGCACCCCGGACGGUUGGCCAUGCUCGAAGUACGUGCAGCUCGCAAGGGAACGAAGAGUCCUUUUCGGAUAUGGGGAUAUCGAUCCGCAGAUUGAGGAUUAUGACUUGAGUAGUGACAGCGUGCUGUUUCCUCCAUCCUACCUGACCGAUUUUGUGGAUGUCUCUUCAGCGGUUGACGGCAGUCUGGAUACCGGAUGUCUCUACGACUCUGACGCUUAUCUGGUCUCCCAGGUUAAUUCUUCAUGGUCAUUAUCGACCCGAAUUCCAGUUCCCUCCACGACAAACGGCUCAGUGACACUGGAUCAAUUGUCAAGUAUAGUCACCAACCUAACAGCAUGCGGUCUAUCUCCAAACCUUAACGACACCCUCCUCAAUGCCACAGCCGACAAUGACGUUGAAACAUACAGAAAUAUAUCAUUAUCUGCCUCCUGGGCCUGGUCUGCCGGGCAACCGCAAGAUUCCAUAGAUAACGAAGAUGGCGAUCCCAAGGAACGAUGCGCAGUACUCGACCUAUCAACAAAUGGUCACUGGCAAGCUAUCGGCUGUGGUGAAGAUCGCUACGCAGCCUGCCGCGUCGACAACGUCCCAUUUACUUGGAAACUAUCCACAAAGAGGACAUCCUACGGAAACGCCGCACGUGCCUGCCCCGAAAAUACCUCUUUCUCUCUUCCACGUACGGGGCUCGAAAAUACCUACCUCUACCGCUAUCUUCUUUCGUAUCAAUCAGCGUCAAACGGUACACUGGACGUUUUCUCUUCUAAAGACAGUAUGCGCCAAGUCUGGUUGGAUUUUAACUCGUUGGAUAUUGCGUCUUGUUGGGUCAGCGGUGGCCCUGAUGCUAAUUGCCCGUAUGCGUCGAAUCCGCAGCAGUUGGAGAAGCGGACGGUUCUGGUUGCUACGAUUUGGGGGAUUGUCAUCUGUGUUGUUGCUGCGUUGACACUCUUUGUGAAAUGUAAUGCUAAUCGGCGGAACUCGCGACGACGGAAGAGGGUUAUUGAAGGGUGGGAGUAUGAGGGGGUUCCGUCUUGA